GGGAGAGUGUGAGAGAAAGAAAAAGCCUAGUGAGUCUGAAUAGCACUGCACAACCAACCAACCCAGUGAGUGAAUGGCUUUUGUCAAGGUAGUACUCAAUGGACGAAUCAUAUGAGCAGGUUAGCUCUUUAUAUUCUACAAGGAAUGCAAGAAUUCAAAGGAAAAUGAUAACAGUGGGAGAGGGGAUGUGAUGGUCAUCAGCUACUUGACCAGUUUUCUCGAUUGGAAAACAAGAGAUUGGUUCCAUCGCAAGACUUGACCUCUUUAAUGUAUGUUAAUCAGAUGGCUGGCUUUUGAGUCUACAUUUAUUAUGUAUGCUGCUGUUCUGUGCAUAGCAAAUGCACACGUUGGCUGUGCUUCGAACUCAGAGUAACCACCGCAAGUUACAUUAUAUACGUGCAUGUAUGUGCAUGCGAUUGAGAUUUUGACACAAACUUAUUGAGUGGGAUGGCAGGCACAUUUGUAAAUGAGUGAACAACCUAAGAUGUUAAGCCACCAUGAGUCUGGAAGUGUAUAGGUUCUUAGCUGAUAGCGGAGGGAGUCAGCUUUCGGAACGACCUCCAGUACCUGGAGAAGAGACUGAGGAUAGAGGUAGUGUGUCAUCGAGUGUUAAAAGUGGGAAGCAAAGUGACCAGUCAGCAGGUACUCCAAGACGGUCAAAUUUGAAGGAUGCCACUUUUAAAGGAGGAAUGUUGGAAGGGGCACCACUUGGUUUCGAACCAGAAGGUUCGGCAUCUGUGACGCCGCCGUACACAAGAUGGACAGAAUCCUUGCAUGCAUUGCUUUCGGACGAGGAUGGGAUUCAGCUUUUCAAACACUAUCUUAUUCAGGAAGGUGCAGAGAACCCUCUGUUAUUCUGGCUUGCCACGCAAGGAUUCAAGAAGAAGUCUGAUAGUGAUCCUGUCAGAACUGAUCUUGCGAAACUAAUUUAUAGAAGAUUUAUCAAGAAAGAUGGACAACAGGUCGUAAGGCUGCAUGGCUCGACAAGGAACCAUGUAGCAGAAUCAAUAAGAACUAACAAAGUAGACAGUAAUCUGUUUGAUGCAUCGCAGAUGGAAGUAGAGGAAUACAUGCGGGAGACAUCCUAUCCUAUGUUCCUCAAGUCAGAUGUUUAUGUGCAAUAUGUGAAUAAUGGUGGGGUUAGUCCUAAGAGUUCUGAAGGAUGCUCCAGUAAUGGUAGUAAUAGUCAUCCUGCACAGGCAGGCUACCUCCCAACUUUGCCGGAGGAUUCAGAACUUUCAGACCUUCCACAAGCGGGGUCUCUCACAGCAGAUCUCUUGUUGAGGAGUAGUCAUCACAGGCAUAAUACAGACAGAUAUCAGGACAGAUUAUACCCUGGAUUAUUAGGUAGUCAGAAUCCAUAUCACCCAGGCUGCGCAGCCAUAGCACCUGCAACGUCAAACAAUGAUUCUGAGUUACAAUCUCUGAGCAGUGAUGCUAUCUCAGACGACACCAUGUCUCUAACAGACUCCAGUGUGGAUGGUUUUCCAGUAAGGUCGAGGCAGCAACAGAAGAGGAGACAGAAGCGAAAUAUGAAAUAUAAUAUCAGACAGAAUGGAAAAGUAAUGACUCAUCUUCCUUGUCCGCGUGCUCAUCCUAGAGAACUACCACCAACAGACCCGGUUGAAUUCGCAAAGAAAUUAACUGAGAAGUUAGAGAAGGUUCUUGCAGAAAGGGAAGCUAAAGAAAGACUUGCUGCCAAAUUACGCAAAGUUGAGGAAGAGGAACAUGAGUGUAAAACACCGGCAUCAACGACCAUGAGGGCUCCUGGCAACCAAAUAUUCCCCGUCCAUGAUUUUGUGGAGGAUGACCCUAAUAGUAUUCUGGAGGACCAUAUGUCUAGGGUGUUCAGAGACUCAAACCGGCAUACGCCGCGUUCCCAGUCACCCGAUCAUCAUAGGAAUAAAAUGCCGCCCUCUAUGGCCAACGUGCCCCAGGUCUCGUUACAUCCGAAACAGAUCACAUCCCACCCACAUCAUAGUAGACAUCACAUGUCAAAAUCCCAGAAAGAACUCAUAGUGCCACCCAAUAUGGCCAGCGUUGGUUUGGCUGAGACGCCGUACAUGACGUACAUUGAGGAUAAUGUGAGACAUAAAAAAAGAAGUAGUAAAAAGUCUGACAUUUCAUCUAUUUCUAAAACAACAGACAGUGGAAUUUAUGAAGGACCACCAUCAUUGCCAUCAGAUUCAGAGAAUUCCAUGAAACGUGUUGCUGAUUGGAUCCGAGAGGGUGACGAACAGCCUGAUCCAAGGUUAGCAACUCAACCUAUGCAUCAUAAGCAGAGACAUCGAAUGCAUCCCGAGCAUAACAAUACUAUGACAAUGUCAACAAUGUCAAAGAAGCCAGUCCAAUAUAACACAUCCCGACCCAACUCAAUGGAGCGUGAAAGGACACAUACACCAACCACUAACCUGGCAAAGAGAAGUUCACCUCACCUUCCUAAGCAACCUUUCAUCCAGGAUCCUAAGAUGCCUCUGAUGCAACCACCGGAACCAUUGACAGUCUUGGAAGAAGCUAGGAGAAGGAUUGAUAUGUCUAGUAGACAACAAAGAAUGAUCAGUAAAACCAGUGAUCCUCGUAAGGAGAAAAGGCCUGGUAUGAUGCCUACCAUGCCGUCAUCAAUGUCAGGUCAGACGAGAUCGACGAUGCCCACGAGUAUCUCUGAUAACCAGAUAUAUCCGGGUCUCUCUAGACCUCCUACCACUGGAGGGAAGCGGCCCACCUCCUCGUCUUCCUCCAGUAAAAGCCGGCCCACCUCGUCAAGUGGUACUAUGGAGAAGAAGGUCCAACCAAGUAUCACCAUUGCGUACUAUCUCUGUAAUGAUCCUAUUCCAUAUAGGACAAGCUUACCGGGAUCUGAGAUCACUCUGAGACAGUUCAAGGCUCUCAUCUCAAAGAAGGGUACUUACAGGUACACAUUUAAGAUGCCAAGCACUGAAUUUGAAUCUGGAGUAGUUCAUCAGAUCUUAGUAGACGAUGAUGCAGUAUUGCCUCUGUAUGAAGGGAAAGUGGUAGGCAAGGUGGAGUCAGUGGAUGACAACUAAACAUGUUACCAUGGCAACCAAACCAACCCUAAGUACAAGAUGACGUAACCAAGAGGGAUGUCAACUUACAUGAACUAUGCACUCCUCUCUGGAUAUCCAUUGAUACAUCGUCAUGACAAAAAAAGGAUUGGAAUUUCUUCAUAUGGCAACAAAAAAAUCCCAAGAUAGACUUGGGAGGAUUUUUCAGCUACGUAUUUUCUGCAAGAAAAAAAAACUUACGAAACAGGAUAUAGUAAUAACUUUUUAUACUUGAUGAUAUUUUAUCACUGUAGCAACUUUCUCAGGCGACUUAACAUAAGGAAUUCGAGCAAGGUGUUUUUUUCCUGCUAUUCUCAGUAACCAUGACAAAGGGUGAAACUAUGUUUCCUGGUGUUAUAUUGAAUAUAUCUUUUUUUUUUUUUUAAUAUAUCUUGAUUUAUUGGGAUUGGGUCUCAUUGAAUUAAAUCAUGCUCAUACUAUGGCAAGGGCACUACAUGAUAUUUAUAUAAAUCUAACUGAUAAUUGGGCUGAGUCAGGAUAUCAUUCCAUUGCAUAACUGGUGGACACACAGGACCACCCGGUUCCAGUAGACAAUAGGUUUACCCAUCAAUUCCUGACUUUGGUGAUUCCCACAUGCAUUGUACACAUGGUUCCAUUAGACAAUGGGAUAAGUUUGAAUUCAUUGUACACUUCAAUCUUUAAUUGUGUUCAUGCCUUGUAUGAUGAUGCUGUGGGGGAAUGUGCCAUAUUCUAUUAAAUCAGAUUUUUAAAUCCAUUUUGCGCUUUGGAAGUACAAUUUGAAUUUCAACUUGACUAUUUUUAAUCGAAAAAAAACAACAACCCGAAAGCAACCUACUUAAACAAAAAAUGAUCUUUCUACUACCUGUCAAUGCCAUGAUACUGCUUAGUCACUACUGAAAAACAGGAGUCUAUCUGCCAUAAUAAUGGGAAACCCCCCAAAAGAUGUAAUCUAAUAGACUUAUUAUCCACACUAUCAAAUGACAGAAUCAGGUCUUAAAAUCUUCUCUUUUCAUUUUGUUCAAAUUUUAAACUUUGAUGAGUGAUUUAGAUCUCAUUUGAAGAUUAUAUGCUAAAAAACCGAACCAUUUCCUUUGCUGAAUUCAGGUUUAAUACCAUCAUUCUUCUACACUCAUUAAAUAGCAUGAUGGGAUAUACUUUAUAACAUCUCAGACCAUCCUACCUCAGAUUGUUUUAUUAGGUCUUAUUAUAAAUGCAUUAUGGAAGUGAUGUUAUGAUGUCAGGCUGCAUUUUUACAUUUAUUCGUAUUGUGUUUUAUUUUUUUGAUUUGUGCAUGCUUUUUAGGAUAUUUUUCAUCGUUGUUUUGAAAGAAAACUAGAGAUCGUCGUUUUGUUUUCAGGAAGCAUAUUGACAGUGAUGAGUGUCUUUCACUGACAAAUUUCCUCAUAGCCAAUAGGAUACAAUGAUUUGAUAAAAAAUUAUGAAGUGUUCCAGUGAUUCUUGAAACUGUCAGUUUUGUUUCCUGCUAAACAGAACAAAAAUUAUGAGUGUGAAAUAUAUAUUUUACAAAUGAUGUCACACACAGAGGAUAGUGUUUCAAGAUUUUGGCACGACUUAGUACAUGUAUAUGAUAUCCACUUUGCAAAGGAAAACGAAUGUUUGGAUUUUAUUGUUGAUGAACUGGUAUUGAACCUUCCAUAAAACUCUACUUAGGAGAUAUGAUAUUGUUAUGUUCAUCAUCAUUUUUCCAAGUCAUGCGGUCUUGAUGAUCAUUUGUUGUCUAUUUAGGUCAUUUCAAGUUCAGCAAUGGUGUAGAUCCAUCACCUGAUCUUGAGUUUACAUAAAUGAUUCAAACCACAUUAUUGACAUCUCAACACCAAGUAAGAUUCGUAGUAGGACUAGUCUUAUUUUCAAAAGGUCAACAUCAAACUUGUAAUCAAACACAAAACUUGAAAUCACUCCUACUUGACAAUUGCCUUUCCACCUAUCAAUUUGAAAAUGUUUUUCAAAAUGCAGAUAUCAAGUCUGUAAUAUGUAUAUGAGGUCAAUGUUGAUGCAAGUUUACAGGGUGUGUUUGUCUGGUGUUUGGCUCAAUGCACAUUAUGACAGGUAAUUGGGUUAACAUAAGAUUAUACCCAUUAACCAAUUCUAGUAAGAGGAAUGAUGUACCAGGGUAAAAAUUGUAUUUUCUCCUUGAAGAUUUCAUUAUCCUGGAAUAUGAAACAAUUUUUGGUCAAGACAUUCAAUGAAAGGGAUGUUCAGUGAGUUUCAGUAACUUUUUCAUUUUUUAAGUCAUAGCUUCUUAUUGCAUGUCAUGCUUGUUUUAAUUAAGAUCUCAGGGAGUAAAUGAUAAAGUAAAACUUACUUUAGCAGUCAUCUGUGUGGGAGAACCACCUGUCUUUAAAAAACAAUUGUUUCCCUUGAAUAAUUUCCUAUUGAUACUUAAUCAACUGAUCCUUUCCAUAAAGAUCCUCUGCUUACAAAAAUUACUUGUGUUCAGACAUGUUUCUCUCAUAAUGAAUCAUCUGCAGUUAAUAGAAGUAACAUGCUAUUAAAGUUGGAAGUUGAUAACUAUUCACAUGUAAGCAAAGAUAUCCCUAAAUGCAUACUACCAGGGUCAUAUUUUUUUCUUCAAAAUAGACAUGAUGUGCAUGUGACAUCUUGCCAAAAGAAAUCCCUGGAGUUAAUUGAGAGUAAAACCCCUCAUUUUCCCCUCGGUGUAUCCAGCUUGAGAAGUAUAUUUUAUUACAACAAAAGCACAUACAAAACCUGACUUUAUCAGUGUAAAUGGGUCCAAUGGUGAAGAUUUGUACUUGUGAUUUUUGUAUGUAAUUAAAGGUACUUAAUCUUGAAGAUUACAAUUAGUUUUCAUGUAUUCACGUCAAAUGAAAGGGAUAAUACCAUGGAAGCUAUUUAUAAUACAAUGUAUUCUCUUCUAGUAGCUAGUUUAUUACAGAUCAUAUAUUACAAUAAUGAAUAAUCUCCCUCCUGAAAUUAAGAAUCAUUCUAUGUACGAUACAAAACUAAUAAAACUGUCUUUUUUCCUAAACAUUUCAUAUUAGUGUAUCAUACAGCCUUUUGAAAGGUUAAGAAUAUUUGUAAUUAAAAUACCAGCUUAGUAUGCAAAUGCUUUUAUUUUUUAAAGUAUCCAAUAAAACAAGAUUUUUAGCAGAGUUUGCUGUCAAUAUAUAAUGUGGGAGGUCAGUUAUGAGGUGUUUUUUACCAUGAUGGGGUUGUUAUAUCUCAAGAAUUUGAGCUCUUUAAGUAUUUCUGAUAAUCACCUAUAUUCCUCAUGGAAGAUUAUAAUGGUUUGUGGAAUGUCACUGUCCCUUGCAGAAUAUUUGAAUCCCACAGUAAAUGGGUAGUGUUAAAUGGAUGUACUGUAUGCAUAUUUAUUAUUACAACCAUUGACAAAGGUUAAAAAAAAAAUUAAAAUCUUGUGUAGAUGAUUCUGAAUAUAUGAUAACUGAAAUUAAGAUAACUAAUUAAAUGACAUUAUGAUUUGUCUAUAAAGCUCAUAAGUUAUGCAGUAUCUUCAUGGAAUGGAACAUGGAUUUGGUGUCAAGUUAUAUUUUGAUCAUUUAGGUGCCCAUCGGCCAACAUUGAAUAUUUUUGGAGAUUAAAAAAAAUCAAAUUUAGACGAGGGUUAUAGGAAAUUCAGUUUUGUUUUGUGAAACAUUGAGGUAUCUCAUUUCGCACCGCAGUGUGUUCCAGCCAUUUGUAAAAUCACCACCCCCCCCCCUGCUUAAUGUAACUGGUGUAUUAAUUCACAGCAGUAUAAUAAAUAAAAUCCCUUUUAAACUUCAAAUGAAAGAAAGAAAAACUAUGCAAGAAGAAAAGAAGACGUCCUGAAUCCUCUUUUCUGAUUUUUUAAAAGGCUAUUUGUUAUCUUGUUUUAUAUGUUUAUAGGUUAAAAAAGAAUUAUGCCAAAAUAGUGUUUUGUUUUCGUAAGAAAAUUCUGACUGAUCAUUUCUAUGAAAUGCCUCAGAUGAGAGGACAGAUUUUGUUUUGUUUUUAAGAUGAAGAAAGAUGUUUUCUACUGAAUAAUGUAUUGUAUAGGCAGACAAUACUAAUUGAUAAUUAUAAAAGAAAAAGAAGAGACAAACUGCCUCCUAUGUAUGGUGAUUGUAUUUUUAUAUUCAUAUAUUUAUAGGAAAAGUAUUGAUUCUCCCAUAUCCUCUCUUAGUUUAUCAACAGUAUCGCCUAGUAUUAAACAAUGUAAUUGCCUAUGGGCAUUGUUAAGAAAAUCAUGAAAAUUGUCUUAUUUCUCUCUCCUUUGAUCACACCACAGUUAUCAUCAUUAUUUGUUAUUUAUCUUUAUUUGCCAAAUGGUAGUCCUUUCAUAAUAUCAGUAGGUUACCAUUCACAGAAAAUAAGGUGAUUUUUUUUUUAAUUAUGACACUUUGCGCAUACUUAAGCUUUGCCAUUUUCUCUCUCGUUACAGCUGAUAAAUUGACUCUCGUAAUAACUUUCAUGAAAACGUUUGUAUCUUUUUAAAUUUCAGUUCCCAAUGCAUGAACUGCUAUCACUCAUAUGAUAUUCAAAUUAUAAGUAAAUGAGAGUAUGAUUUUUAAUGACUAUCGUUUUUUUUUCAAUAUAUUUUAAGAUGGUUUCAUCAUAGUUCAAUUCUAGACAUGAUCCAUUUUGAGUUAAAUUUAAAGUCUUCAUUUUAUCCAGAAAGUUGGAAUUUGUAUGGUGCCAAAAUGUAAUUUGCCAUAUGAAAAGGACUUUAGAAUCGUGGAAGUAAAUGAUAUUAGAAGCAGAAUGCUUCCCAGGAUUAUUUAAAUAAAUAAAUCAAUGCUCAGUUUUCCAUUUUCAUUCAUAAAUUUCCAUCUCUUUAAAAUCUGUAUCUCAUAUUUGAUUGGAUUAAGAUCUGUUACCUAUACCUCCUUUUUUGUAUUCCAUAUCCAAACAUUAACAACAUCCAUGUCCAAUUUGCAGAUAUAUGACCUCAGUUCAAUUUUUUUUGGUCAGCUAUAUUCUUAAAUUUGUCAUGGAAAACUAGUAAAUGACAGUUUUACAAUUCAGAUUUAGGAAGUUUUUCCUUUUUAUCCUAAUGUACAAUUUCUAACCUCAACCUAUAGCAUGUGCUAAGCCAGUGUGUAUAUUUUUUCUCUCUCUUCUAAUGACUGUUUUAUAUUGUAUGUUAGGUUAUGCCAAAAGUUCUCUUAAAUUAUUAUUUUUUUUUAAUUCUCUGAUGGAAAUAUGCUAACAGUAUACAAUCUACCACAAUUAAGAAUAUGUACAUGUACUACUUUUGUACCAGUAAAUUGUGAUAUGAUAGAAAAAUAGAUAAAAUAUGAAUUCUUCAUUUUUUAUGAAGAAUUUGAUUUAAAAAAAACCUGAUGGUAUCUUUGGAGGCUUUGCCUACCUAUGUUACCUAUAUACCUGUAAAUAAAGAUGACUAUUAAAUGUGCUAUAUUUUUAAGCAUUACACAAAUAAA